AUGGAUGAGAAAUUCAAAUCCAAGCUGUCGCCGUCUGAUGAUUUCUGGGCUGGGGUUUACCUGUUGACCAUCGCCGUUCUAUCUGUGUGGGGAAACGCAGCCGUCCUGAAGAGCGCAGGCCGGCGUUCCCUCAAAGCUCCAGAGCUGCUGACAGUCAACUUGGCCGUGACGGACAUCGGCAUGGCCCUCAGCAUGUACCCGCUGUCAGUCUUCUCUGCCUUCAACCAUGGCUGGGUGGGGGGCGACGCCUCGUGCCUCUACUACGGCCUCAUGGGGAUGAUCUUCAGCAUCACCAGCAUCAUGACCUUGGCGGUUAUGGGCUUGGUCAGGUACCUGGCUACCGGAAAUCCACCAAUGGCAGGAUUUAAGUUCCAAAGACGAACCAUCAACAUUUUAAUCUGCGGGACAUGGAUCUACGCAUUCUUGUGGGCUUUGCUUCCUCUGCUUGGAUGGGGGAGCUAUGGACCAGAACCCUUUGGACUGGCUUGCUCUGUGGACUGGACAGGCUACAGGGAAUCCAUAAACCACUCCACCUUUAUUAUUGCCCUUUCCAUACUCUGCACGUUCCUUCCGUGUCUCACCAUCCUCUUCAGCUACUUCGGAAUUGCGUGGAAGCUUCACAGAGCCUACCAAUCGAUGCAGAACAUCGACUGCCAGUGUGGCAACAUCGAGAAAAGAAUCACACUGAUGGCUCUGAUGAUCAGCGCUGGUUUUCUUCUGGCCUGGACUCCAUAUGUGGUUGUCAGCUUCUGGAGCAUGAUUCACACCCAGGACCAGGACCACUUGUCUCCCUUCAUCACUCUGUUGCCUUGCCUGUUUGCCAAAAGCUCCACCGUCUACAACCCCUUCAUAUACUUCAUAUUUCAGCGGAACUUUGGCGCCAAGACUCUCCACACGGCUGUCGCAUUCUGCUGCUCCGGUAGAUCACCACAUGAGGGGAAAGAGGGUGGUUUAGACGCGAGCACGGGAGGUGGAUGUAGAAUUCAUCAUGACGCCACUCCUGAAAGUUUGAUGGAGGAUCGAAGUCGGGAAUAA